AUGAAAAUUAAGAAUAAAAAGAAAGAAAUAUUAGAAAAGAAAAAAAAAGAAAACAGCAAAUUUUUAAGGUAUGUUAAAAAUAAUCAGAAAUAUGAAAAGUUCCAGAAAGCUAUCUUAUUAAAUAAUAAAAAUCAAAGGUUAAAUAAAAAAAUACAUCCUAAUAUUAAAAUAAAAAAUAACAAUAAUAAUAAUAAUAAUAUUAAUGAGAAUUCAAUAAAUUUAAAAAAAAGCGAUGAAUAUGUUAUUGAGCAAAGUACUUUUUAUAAGGCAUAUAAUUAUAUUUUUGAUAGAGGAGAAAAAGAAGAACCUUUAAAUGAGCAACAAGAAAAUCUAUUUUAUGAUUCUUAUUUAAUCUAUUGUAACUUUGAUUUGUCAUCAAUAUAUAAUAUAGGAAAACACUAUAAUUUCAGCAUUGAACUCAGACACUCCUAUUACUCUUCUGUUCUAAUAUUAGUAAAUGACAAUAGCGAGAAAUGGAAAAAACUAGCAAUCGAAAAUAAAUUGAGAAAAAUUAGAAAGAUUAUGACAUAUGAUAAAUUUGAAGCGGUUUAUAAUAAAGACGAUUUAAUAAAUGAAAUUACGAGUAAGUUCGAUUUGUAUAUAUUUGAUGCUUCGAUUAGGAGCAAAAAAUAUUCACAUGUAAUAUCCAAGAUAAAAAAGCAUAACAAAAAUUUUACUACCUUACAAUUAAAUGAAGAUAAUUUUGUUGAGGAUGUAGAUAAGGCUACAAGAAAAGCUUUUGCAGAUCUAAAUAAAGGAUCAACACAUUCUAUUCCUAUUGGUUUUCUCAAUUUGGGAAAGGAAAAAUUGUACGACAAUAUACAACAAGCCACCAAAAGGAUGCUUGAAUUUUAUGAACAAAAAAAUGUAUCAGUUGUUUCUAUCAAUUUAAGAUAUAUGAGCAUGACAAUACCCUUAUAUAUUCAUGCUCUAAAAAAUAUAAUUCAUCCAGGAUAUUAUUAA